AUCUGUGACCGGUCGCUUGGUUCCCGGCAGUAGCGCGUCGGCUUUCCACAGAGAGCGUGGCCGCUGAAACACUGAAAUAGAAAUACAUUGUGCCGUUGAGUGUGUGUGGGUGUGUAUGCGUGUGGGAUUCCUGUUUGUUUUAGUGAGCGUUUGAACUUCGAACGUAACCGACGCUGGGUUUCCGCCCGCUGAUUAGAUAAGAACAGAACCGACGGGGACGCUAAUAAAAUCCUCUGAAAGAUAAAACUCUUAUAUCUCAGAGCGAUGCCUUAUGAACAUUACUCAAUAUGUGUUUGUUGGAAAGCGAAUUAAAGACAUUCACAAAUGUUAGUUAAUAGUUAAAGCUGAGUGGAUAUGAUAAAUUAGUGUAGUGAAAAUGGGUUGUCAGCUCGGUAAAUUGGCAGCGUCUGAGCGUCGUGGGAACAACGCCGGACCUGUCACCGAUGGUCCCCCACCAGCCACGGAUCCUCGGCUGCCUCUCACGGCAAAACAGAAGUACUCAAUGCUGGCCUCGUGGAAAGGAAUCUCCAGAGCAAUGGAGAAGACCGGCAUAUGUAUGUUUAUAAAGUUAUUCGAAGAGAACCAAGAUCUACUGGACAUGUUCGAGAAAUUUCGCCAGUGCAAGACGAAAGAGGAGCAGAUAAACUCCAUGGAGCUCGCGGAGCACGCCAACAACGUAAUGAACACCCUGGACGAGGGGAUCAAGGGUUUGGACGAUUUGGACAAUUUCUUCCAGUACAUACACCAAGUUGGAGCUAGCCAUAGAAAAAUACCUGGGUUCAGAGUGGAAUAUUUUUGGAAAAUCGAAGCGCCUUUCCUUGCGGCCGUCGAGUCGACGCUGGGCGACCGAUACACGCCAAACGUCGAAAAUAUUUACAAAAUAACAAUUAAAUUCAUAUUGGAAACCCUCAUCGAAGGCUACGAGAAGGCUGGUAACAACCCGAGCUCAGCGUCGUGAGCAUUCAUUAAAUACAAUAAAGGCUGUAAAAAAAAAACAUCAAGAUUUGUUGAACUAAACGAGCGGGUUUUGCGAAUGAAUGAUGGAAUGUCAAUUUGUUUUUUUUUUUGGUUUUAAUGAACAAAGAGGUCGAAUCGUAAGUGUAUCUUGUGAGUCAUUUUAAAAUAUUUAAUUAUUAGUUUUAAUGGUUCCUUUUGCUCGUCACUAAGUAAUGUGUAUUAAAGAUUUAAAUAAAAUUGAAAAAUAAUGUAAAAUUGCAUGCAGGGAAUGUGAAUUGAGUCUUUAGUGUGCUUUUUUAAUAGGAAGUAUUAUUUUUUAACUAAAAAUAGAAACCAAAACUAGUUACGUAGUUUAUAUCAAUCAGUGUGUUACGAAUAAGUGAUAUAUUUAAGCCAAAUGUAAGUUUUAAUAUAAAAUAUUGCUGUUUUAAUUUCUGUUUUUGUUAAUAUUUUUUUAUUUGUUUCAUACUUUUGUGUCUUCCUUUGUGAAUUUUUUAAAUGGAACUAAAUUUUUACACACAUACAUUCACUUUAGAUAAAGUAUUGUUAACUUAUUAACAAAUUCAAAAACAACAUUGUGUUUUUAGUUGUUACACGGCAUAUCGUCAGUUAAAACAAUAAUUAUGUGUAUAGACUUGAACAAAUCGCACAAAAACAACGUAUCUAUAUUUAAAAAAAAAUACUUUUUCUAAAUGAAUAAAAGUAUUUUGGUUUAAAUCAAGAAAAAGUGUUAAAUUUUAAAUUAAACCGCACAAAUAUUUUGCUAAAAGAACCAAACCAAAAAAUCGAUUAAGCUUAAGGUCAUCGCUUUGUGCAAAUUUGGCCAAGGGAAUAGACUCACUGUCUAUGAAAACAAAAAAACGUAAAACAACAACUUAAUUGUAUUCUAUAAUAAUAAAUCGGAAGAGAAAGAUAAUUUGAUACAUUUUUGAAAAAAAAACUUUCGACUUAUAUCUGUGUUGGUAAAAUGUUUUAUUGACAGCUCACGUCAUCGCAAACUCUUUUGUUCGCGCCAAAUUUAAAACAAUCGGUUGCUAUAUGCGUUUAAAGUUUCCUCGCGCGAGCGCAGGCGUAGAAUGACGACAAUGAUCUUAAAUGGCAAAUGAAUUAUACAGAGUACUUAUAGGAAAAUGAUUUGGGUAUGUUGAACACCAAACACACCCAGGUUAUGAGAAAUCAUACGAGGAAAGUUGAAAAAAUGAUCCAAAUGAUAUGUAAUAACAAAAAUGUGCCGAAUAUUUCUAGUAGAAAAUUUUGUUAAUGGGGUUAGGGCAUUGUGAGCCCGCACGAGUGAGUACCAUCUUGCUACUCCUGGCUGAGCCUUUGCUCGCCCACCUGUCGUGGUGAAGCUGGAAAGGCUUCCAGGCCACCAGUAAUCCUUCAAUCAUAAAAAAAAUCCUACCUAUUUCUGCCAUGAAGCAGUAAUGUGUUUUGGUUUGAAGUGUGGAGCGCCGUUAUACUGCAAAAACUGAGAAUUAGAACUCAUAUCUCAAGGUGGGUGGCGGCAUUUACGUUGUAGAUGUUUAUGUGCCCCGUCAACCCUAACACCAGAUGGGCUGUGAGUUCGUUCAUCAAUAAGAAAGAAAAAAAAAUUUAGCACUGCCAAUGGAGCAUCCAGUUUCCGAACAUUACAAUGUCCAUACAUCACUGUAAUAGUAAACAAAGCGUUAAUUCAAUAUUUUAAAUAUAUCUCGCGUGCACCGACCACUUAAACCAGACAUUCCUAACAAACAAAAUGUAAAUAAACAAACAAUGUUAAGAUUUACUGCUAACACCCACACGCUCUCAUCCGUACAGACUAUACAGAGUUCUGAGUCAUACACAAAAAGGGUUCACAUUGAAAGAUUUUCUCUAUUUCUCUUCAACGCGAUCAAUAGAAGAGGAUGGACGAUUCUUAAAUAUUUGCACUAUUUACGGGAUCUAGAAGAAAACGCGUGUAGUAAGUACAAUCUGGCGUGCGUCAAAAACUUGCCGGAGACUUGUGUGCGCUCCGAUUUAGCUAUAAAGAGCGGUAAUCACCCAUUACCUUCACUGAAUUGACCCUUUGGUGUUCCAAUAGAAAGUUGAAUGUGAAUCGCAGCCUCAACUACCGGUAGCCAAUGUAACAGCUAGCUAUCUUUUAGUAUCCUUGAAAAUUUUCCCACGUAACACGACACUUGACACGAAAACUGAUGAUCCCCAAACAUGACAAAGCCCAUUACUGUUCUACUAUCAAUAAUGACAACUGGGAGAUGAAAAGCCGCACUUACAGUAUAUUCUGAUUUAGCGAAUUAUUCCGUGGACAAAAGUAAAACAAUCUAAAUGGAUUACGGACCGCCUGCUUAUAGGACCCCCGCUAAGCCGCUAUUCCGGUCUCCCGUGAGGCAGUGGAACUAGUUUAGGUAAGACUUCUCAAAGCGAACAAUAAAAGUACCUUGAAAUCUACGCUCAUCCAUUAUAAUCAAGAUGCCAUAGGGGCUCCCGCUUUCUCCGAUGUAUUGCAUGCAAUUAUCGAUCGAAGCAUUUAGUAAUGUUCCCCGAAUAUGGUGUCGUAUAGACGCCGCAGCUCUGUUUGCGAUUGCUAAAGGGAGACGCAUUGAAUACGGUACUACGCUAGACGGUAUUAGGAAAAUUUUGGACUGUCAAAAGGCUGGUGUCUCCUUCGAUUUAGUAUUGGGUUGCCUAUUGGGAUUUAUUCACGGUAGAUAUGAACUUUUGUUCUAAAUAUUUGGGUUCUGGAUGCGUUUCUCUCACAUAGGUAAUGGGCUACUACAUAACAGCUACCGUACUUUUCAAAUUAGUAAAGGUUUCGCGGGCAAAACAAACCGCCCCUAAAAGCUAAUUGAUAUUUUUUUGUUUAAGGGGUCACUGGCAGAAACAAUUUUGCUCCCCACAAGGUACCACAACUCAUGGAACUCUCAGAUACUCUUUACUUCAAUUUGACUUAGAACUUUGGUGUUUGUGUGUUUUGUACCAUACAUUCCGAGGUAUAUUUUUGAGAUGACUCCGUUAUGUUUUGACCAUCACGCUGCCUACGGCUGGAGCAUAGUCCGUCUUUAUUACCAAGAUCUGUUGAGUUAAUUUAAAGUAAACCUUCUUGGUUGUGGCCAAGACCAGAAAUGAGUCCCAGCUGUGGGCAACGGCUUGGCUGCAACCACUUACUAUCAAGUGGAACGCCUGCCUAAAAAAAUUAUUUACGCGCUUAUAAACAAAUCAAAAUUUAAAAAGUUUGAAAAAAUUUUAAAACGUGAAUUGGAUUUUCUUCUUGUAGUCGUGACUUCAAAAUACAAUUAAGAAAAUGUAUUUGAAUUAUUUCCGAUUCUCGUUGUCAUGAUUUACGAUUGUAUUAAAGCGUUUUCUUGUACUAAUUACUAAUGUGUAUGUAAUUAUUAUAGUCUUAAGAUGUAUUUAUACAAUUAGAUUAAUUAAACCGCAAAAUGAAUGUGUUGUAUGUAAUAUGUAAAAUCGAUGUGUGUUAAAAUAAUUGAAACCGUUAAUUUCAUUAUAAAUAAAUAUUAAUAAAAUAUUUUCGUGGUGUU